AUGAACACCCGUCAGCUGUUCGCGAUAGGACUGAUUGUCCUGCUGGCCGUCGCAAGCGUGUGCGAUGCGCGGCGCCGCUUCCCGAACCGGCGGCGAGGCCCGUCGCGCAAAACGCUCAAGCAGCUGUACUACGAGUCGCGGGAAACGAACACGCCCAACUUCGUCCGGCUGGUGCUGAUGCGGCUGAUCUACGGCAUCGCGACCCAGAUGGGCGUGGAGGAGCGGCUGGACAACGUGUUCGGCGGUGCGUUCGUGCCGCCGAACGCCGGCGACGACAGCUCCGACUUUUUCGACGUGCUGAGCGACGAAAGCGGCGAAGACUUUAGCUUCGGCCUGUGAGGUAAAGAACAUACGGCAAAAAAAACACAAACAAAAACGCAACAGUCUAGUGAGCGGGGACUGACCGUCCCACCAACGGAAACCAACGGAACGAUCAAAACCGUACCCGCCAACCCGAUUGCCAAGCUGAGCUCAAGGAUGGCAUCAACAGAAAAACAACAGAGAAGACAAAAAACUGCAAUCCACAUCACAAACGGUAGCAGCGUAAAACACACGCGAACACACUACAAUACAAUAAAUUCAAUUCCGUGUGUGCGGAAGUGCACUGCCUUUGCCGCGGGGGGUUUAGCACAACCCCCCCCCC